UUGGUAAAGCUUCACUAUACGUGAAAAUUUGUAAGAUGAAUUAUUUUCCUAUUUAAAGUGUCUUUGAAUAAAUGUUAUACACGAGAAUGAGGGAGUGAGCUGCCUCAGUGAGCUGGCAGCAGCAAGGCAGCAGACAUCACGGCUUGACCUCUACAAAGAUGGCCUUAAUACCACGAUCUCUGCGCCUUGCUACCCUGGUGAUGCCCUCAGUGUUGCGUGCUGGUGUUCCUCGAGCCUGCAGAGUGAGCUGCCUGCACACACUCGCCGUCAGGGAGCCCAGCACCUGCGACAGGAGCCUCCUGCAGCAGCAGGUAAGAAGACAGUGUCUAAGAAGGCACAGCCAAAAACAAACACGGGCAGGAGUAUCGGAGAGAGUCAUGGAAAUCUGCAAGUUGUAUAAUCCUUCUGGACAUGUUGAGACAAAGGGAAGCAUUCGUAACUACAGUGUCAAGGAACCUCUGACGCUCGACAUGAUCCAGCAGAGAGUUUUGCUGGUCCUCAAGCUCUACGAUAAAAUUAAUCCUGAAAAGCUAACAGUGGAGUCCCAUUUCAUGCAAGACCUUGGUCUUGAUUCCCUUGACCAUGUUGAGGUCAUAAUGGCCAUGGAAGAUGAGUUUGGGUUUGAAAUCCCAGAUGGCGAUGCAGAAAAGCUUUUACGGCCGGCAGAUAUCAUAAGAUACGUAGCAGACAAAGAAGACAUUUAUGAUUAAAAUCCCAGUGUGUGUGUGGUUUAAAAUAUUGGACCGAGUGUCACUUUCAGGCUAAAAUCCUGUGUAUGGUAGUAGCAGGGCGAAGACCUUGGGAAUUUUAGCCAAACUCGUGUGGUGAUCAGGUGUUUGAACGAGAUGUGCACGGAGAUGUAUAUACUGUAAUUCUGCCUAAGAAAAAACCAUAAAUGAAAAUGAAGUGAAAUUCAAAACUUUAUUCUCAUUUUCAUUUUGGUCAAACAGGAAUAAUUUGCUACUGGUUUAGUUUAUUAUUUAGACCAAAUUUUUACCAAGCACUUGUAAUUAAAUAUGUACAGAUGCUAAAUAAAUAAUCUUUUUUGUU